GUUCUGAAAACUGAUUUAUUUCCUUCCAUCCCCUUCAGGACAGAUGGGCGAGAGCUGACGCAACUGCAUCACCACACAAGGUCUCGCUCGCCGGGCUGGAGAUAACUGAUGUGAUGUUGGAGAACGACAGCUUGGCGACCCCCUGUCCUCGUCUUACACCAUGCCUGCUCAUGUUCAAUGACACCUUUCUCAAUGAGACGCUGUUCAACUCCACCAAUGCCACUGUCCCAGAUGUUUCUUCAGGGCCCAGCAUAGCGGGGGUCCUCAUUCCACUCAUAUAUAUCAUUGUUUGCAUCGUUGGCCUCACUGGAAACACAUUAGUCAUCCACAUUGUGCUCCACUACUCAAAGACAGAGUCUGUGACCAACAUCUACAUUCUCAACCUGGCCAUUGCGGAUGAGCUAUUCAUGCUGGGCUUGCCUUUCCUGGCGGUCCACAACACCCUGCAUUCAUGGCCUUUUGGCCCUUUUAUGUGCCGUUUGGUCAUGACUGUUGACUCCAUCAAUCAGUUCACCAGCAUUUUCUGCCUGACUGUAAUGAGUAUUGACCGCUACUUAGCUGUGGUCCAUCCAAUUCGCUCCUCUAAAUGGAGACGCCCUCAGGUGGCCAAAAUUGUGAAUGGCACAGUGUGGGCGCUUUCAUUUCUAGUUGUUUUGCCUGUGGGUAUAUUUGCCAAUAUCGAGAAAGAAGGAGGCACCUGCAACAUCUCCUGGCCUGAGCCGGUAAAAAUCUGGGGAGCGGCCUUUAUCAUCUAUACCUCCACGGUUGGAUUCUUCUGCCCUCUUCUUAUCAUCUGCCUCUGUUACCUGCUCAUUGUUAAGAUUCGCAGCUCAGGUCGAAAAGUACAUGCUACUUCAACCAGAAGAGGGCGCUCUGAACGCAAAGUGACGCGCAUGGUUGUAAUUGUUGUGGCUGUUUUUGCUUUCUGCUGGUUGCCUUUCUACGCCCUCAACAUCAUCAACCUGCUGGUGUUGCUGCCUCCACAAUACCAAGGCCUUUACUCAUUUGUUGUCGUACUCGGCUAUGCAAACAGCUGUGCCAACCCCAUCGUCUAUGGCUUCUUGUCAGACAACUUCAAGCGGGGUUUCCGAAAAGCCCUCUGCCGCUCUACACGUAAGGUGGAGAACCAUGUGCCCACGCACCACCAGCAGCAGCAGGAGGAGGAGGGGAGGAGGGCACUCAUGCCCCGUGAGAGCCUGAGACGAGGAAUUCAAGAUGAAGCGGAGGAUGAAGAAGAAGACGUGUCAGGAAUGACUGAAAUCUACAAAAUCGCCCAAAAUGGCAACAGUAGCUUUCAGCAAGAAAGUUCCCAGGCCAUUUCAUCGGCUAAAGGAGCAAAUCCAGGAGCAACAGCUAUGUUGUCCCCGGACAAAGUUCGGGACAUCAAAGGGAAAGACUUGGUCAGCACGUCCACGCUGGCUGUACCACUACUUCUCAAUGGAGCCAACAAUGGCAGCGUGAAGACCCUGUCAGACGAAGCCUUGGAAGAGAACGCCUCACUGGAGAUAAGUUACUUAUAGUGUAAAACACAGAGUUAACCAGACGUGAACUCUGAAGGAGGUGCACUGACCUUCAGCCAGAUGCUGCAAGAGCCCAUCAGAAAAAAAAAA